AUGUGCCAAAAUGCUCCCGAGAUGACUGGAUCAGACGCGUCGCGCUUUCUUCGCGUCCGUGUGUUUGAUCACAACAUUAUCACCCUCGCCACCAUGUUCAAGCCCACCGUCCGCGUCAAGGCCGAGGGCGACGUAAAGGUGCACAAGCGUGGCGCGCCCUCGUCGCGCUAUCCAGACCGUCUAAACUUCUACGACAAGCCUCCAAUUCUGGACAUCACGCUAGACGAGUUCGAGACGGCCGCCCUGACCCGCCUCCGCGUCCUAACCUACCUCGAAGCGCUGCAACAACGUUCCCUCCCCCCCGCUCAACUCUCAUCAACCCUAGCCGCCUAUUUGAAACAACACCUCCCCCUCUCGGCAAACACAGCCCGCUCAGCAGACCUGGACGGCGAGCGGCGGCUCGACGCCAUCGGACACUGGGUCCUCCGUCUUGCGUUCUGUCGUUCUCCCGAACUGCGUGCUCGAUUUGUACGCGCUGAAACGGCACUCUUCAAGCACCGCUUCGAGAGCGAUGAUCUCUCGGAACGUGCAAUGUUCCUGAGUGGCCUCGAUUUGAGCUGGACCGUGGUUGGGGACAAGGAGAGGGAGGAUCAUUGGACGUCGUUGCGCGAUACCAUGUGGUGGACAAAGGAGAAUGUGCUCGCGAAGGAGACGUGGUUCAAAGUCCCCUGGGCGAGUGUGCCGGAUCUCGUGGCGCAGCGGCGCGUGUUCAUCUGCGGGGGUAUGGCGUACGUCCCUCAGAGCAUGCAGAUUAGCUUGGUGCUGCAGGCGUUCUCGGCUCGCCUGGAGGCGGCGCUUGAACUCACGGCCAAAAACCUCCCCCGCCUCGACGAGGACGAGCGCCUCGCCCCCGUCAUCGACCACCUUGCGGCAUCCUUCCUCUCCGGCCUCGCGGGCGCCGAGUAUACCCCCUCCGACUCAACUGCGCUCGUGACGGCCGAGAUGGUCGACGAUGUCGCGCGAAAGCACUUCCCGCCGUGCAUGCUCAACUUGUAUGAACGGCUCAAGCGGGACCACCACCUCAAACACUUUGGGCGGCUGCAGUUGGGCCUGUUCUUGAAGGGCAUCGGCCUGCCGCUCGACGAAGCCCUCAUCUUCUGGCGACGGAUGUACGGCUCCUCCAUGUCCGACGACAAGUUUAACAAAGAGUACCGCUACAACAUCCGACACAGCUACGGCCAAGAAGGUCGACGAGCAAACUAUCCCCCUCGCUCGUGUCAGCAGAUCCUGACCUCGAACCAGCCGGGCACGCAGGACAGUCACGGCUGCCCGUUCCGCCACUUCAGCCCCGACAACCUAACAUCCUUCCUGCUGAGCACGUACCCGCAACUCGAGCGCGGCAGCCCCGAAAUGAAGGACAUUAUGGACAGUGUCAAGGGCAGCGCCUACCAUGUCGCCUGUACCCGGUUAUUCGAGGUUACGAGGGGUAUCAAGAAGGGCGAGGGGGUUGGUGGGGGGGAAAGCGUGACCCACCCGAACAAGUUUACGGCGCAGUCGCAGGAGAUUGAGAAGGAGCGGCUUGAGGCUAUGAAGAUUGACCAUUAG